AUGUUAAAUCUGUGCAUUAGAAGAAGUAUAUUACAUAGAACAGGUAUUUUUCAUUGCAGUUUUACUAUUACACUUCAACCGCGCUAUAUGGCCACUUUGAGAGAAAUUGAGAGCCGUUUAAAAUCCAUUAAGAACAUUGAAAAGAUUACAAAAACCAUGAAAACUGUUGCAUCAACAAAGAUGACACAUUCUCAGAAGGCAAUGGAGAAAGCAAAAGUCUAUGGUCUUUCUCAUGAGGAACUUUUUAUUCAUUCAAAAACAAAAGUACCAGAAAACCCAAAAACUCUUUAUGUUGUUUGUUCUUCAGACAAAGGUCUUUGUGGAGGAGUUCACUCUCAAAUUACUAAAAUGACUCGAAAACUAAUUGAGAAAAAUCCGGAAGGUCAAAUUGUUGUACUUGGAGAUAAGGCUAAAAUGCAGCUUUCACGAUACAUUCCGAAAAAUAUAAUAAUGUCAUUCAGCCAUGUUGGAAAAGAUAUUCCUAGAUUCUCGGAUGCACAAGCAAUUGCUCACGAAAUUCUUCUAUCAAAGAAAGAAUUUGAUACUAUCGAUAUUAUAUAUAACCAGCUCAAAAGCACUGUUUCAUAUAUACCAAUUAUAAGGACUGUCUAUUCUGAACAGGUUUUCAAGAACUCUGAAAAUAUUGAUGUAUAUGAAAUUGAAGAUGACGUCUUAUCGAAUCUCAAAGAAUUUUCACUCGCAACAAGCAUUUUCUCUUCUCUUGUUGAAAGUCAUGCAUGUGAAAUUUCUGCUCGACGUAAUGCAAUGGACAACGCAUCAAAAAAUGCACUAGAAAUGAUUAAAAAAUUCCAAAUAUCAUAUAAUCGUCAACGACAGAUAAUAAUUACUACAGAAUUAAUUGACAUCAUUACUGGUUUAUUCAUUCCUCUUAUUUGUAUUUCUCUAAUCUUGUAG